UCCUCCUCCAUGGCUGUUUACCCGGCUGCAUUGUGGGAGUUUGACCUCCGCCGCCGCCAACCGCCGCCUCAGCUUGCGCCGCCGCCGCCGCCGCCGCGCACGCCAUGGGAGCCGUGACUGACGGAAAACUAGAUGUAGUUGGCUUGGUAUGCCAGGUGGAGAACUACUUGUGCAAAGGCCACAAAGCAUUGGAAGAACUCAAAGAUGACGAAGUCAUACGGAAGCGUCUCCUAAUUGAUGGAGAUGGCGCUGGAGAUGAUCGGAGAAUUAAUCUGCUAGUGAAAAGUUUCAUUAAAUGGUGCAACUCUGGAUCCCAGGAAGAGGGAUACAGCCAGUACCAACGUAUGCUGAGCACACUGUCCCAAUGUGAAUUUUCAAUGGGCAAAACUUUGCUGGUAUAUGAUAUGAAUCUCAGAGAAAUGGAAAAUUAUGAAAAAAUUUACAAAGAAAUAGAAUGUAGCAUUGCUGGAGCACAUGAAAAAAUUGCUGAGUGCAAAAAGCAAAUUCUGCAAGCAAAACGAAUACGAAAAAAUCGCCAAGAAUAUGAUGCAUUGGCAAAAGUGAUCCAGCGUCAUCCAGACAGGCAUGAGACAUUAAAGGAACUAGAGGCUCUGGGAAAAGAAUUAGAGCAUCUUUCACAUAUUAAAGAAAGUGUUGAAGAUAAGCUAGAAUUGAGAAGGAAACAGUUUCACGUUCUUCUCAGUACCAUCCAUGAACUUCAGCAAACACUGGAAAAUGAUGAAAAGCUCUCAGAGGUAGAAGAAGCUCAAGAAACAAGCAUGGAAACUGAUCCUAAACCAUAGACCAACUAAUCACUCACCAUUCCCAAGAAUAUUGAAGUAGCAACAUGAUCUUAGUGUGUUCAGAAUUUGUUGUGCUCUUGAGACAUUUAAAGUUUUGGCAGUGAACUACGUUGCUUUUAAAUUUUAAUGCACAGUUCAUUCAUAUUUCUUCACACAAAGGGAGAUGACUUCAUUAUAUAUUUGUUUUUAUUGAAAUGCCUUUUUUAUACUUAAAAGAUAGGAAGCAUGGGCUUCCCUGGUGGCGCAGUGGUUGGGAGUCCGCCUGCCGAUGCAGGGGACACGGGUUCGUGCCCCGGUCCGGGAAGAUCCCACAUGCCGCGGAGCGGCUGGGCCCGUGAGCCAUGGCCGCUGAGCCUGUGCGUCCAGAGCUUGUGCUCCGCAACGGGAGAGGCCACAACAGUGAGAGGCCCGCGAACAGCAAGAAAAAAAAAAAACAAACAAACAAACAAAAAAAAAGAUAGGAAGCAACAUCCAAAAAUGAUUAAUGAAAUGUUUUCAAGCCAGAUAUGUUAGUGCUCAUUGGUAUUCUAGGUAGUUUUUAACUGGUAACAUUGAUUUGCUCACAAAAUAAGUGGAAGAUAGUGAGAAGGUGGCAUUUCUAGGAUGUACCUGAGAAAAUUAGUCAAUUUCUGGAAAUCGUUACCACUUUUGAAAAUGAAGUCCAUGAAUAGGCUCUCAGGAGGGCUGUGAACUUAUGAAAUUAUGUACAAAAUGUUUGUGGUGUAUGCUUAUUGUGGGAGAGGUUCCAUGAUAUUAAGAAUCACUGAUAUCAGAGAAAGUAAAUCAAUAUGCAAAACUUU